UGAUCAUUCGCCUAUAGGUCUACUGUCAUAAACGUAUAAAAAAACAAAAAUGAUCAAUAAUUUAACUCUGGAUCUAAAAAGGAACAUUCGCCUACCAUAGAAAAAAGAGCUUUUAGUCGGUGCCACGUUAACCUCGUUUUCUGUUUUUGAUUGGAGUGUAUCUGAAAAUAUUUGAUUCGUAAUUUUAACAAUGCCUAAAAAAGCACAUAAAAGAAAAAUUGCUGAAGUGGAGACCCCAGAAGCAGUAACCGUUCUACCUUCCGUAAAACAUUCUGAAGAACCUGUACCAAAAAGAAAAAGGUGGACCAAUAAACAGCGUGUUUUAGUUUUGGCCUCUAGAGGAAUAAAUCACCGCGAUAGACAUCUUAUGGAGGAUAUAAAGAAAUUGAUGCCGCACCACAAACCGGAACCGAAAAUGGAACGUUCUAAAUCUCUAAAAAUUUUAAAUGAAAUUUGUGAGAUGAAGAAUUGUAAUAAAGCUAUUUUAUUUGAAGGUAGAAAAAAGCAGGAUUUAUAUAUGUGGUUAUCUAAUAUUUCAAAUGGACCAAGUGUAAAAUUUUUGGUGGAAAAUGUUUUUACCAUGGGUGAACUCAAGUUAACUGGUAAUUGUUUACGAGGAUCCAGACCUUUAUUGAGUUUUGAUCCAUUAUUUACAGAAACUCCAUAUUACAAUUUAUUAAAGGAACUUUUGGUUCAAUCCUUUGGUGUUCCCAAUCAACACCCAAAAAGUCAACCAUUUUUUGAUCAUGUAUAUACAUUCUCAAUAAUUGACAACAAAAUUUGGUUUAGAAAUUUCCAGAUUUUAUCAGAAGAUGGAGCGUUGGCCGAAAUUGGCCCUCGGUUUUUAUUAAAUCCAAUAAAAAUAUUUGCAGAAAGUUUUGGAGGAGACAUACUAUGGGAAAAUCCACUUUAUGUGAGUCCUGCUAAACACAGACAACAAGUUAGGUUACAAGCAAAAAAUAAAUAUAUAAAUAGAUUGCAACAAAAAACACAUUCAGAAGCCACAAGACCAGUAAACAGUUACAAAUUGACUCCUCUUGAUGAUUUGUUUAAAGAAGACCCUUUAAAAAAGGCAAAUGAAUUGGUUAAAGGGCAUGGAGAUGAAAGUAACAGAAAUGAAAAAACAAAAAAGAAAAAGAAGCAUUUCGUAGGUAACAGUCCCAAUUUGAUAGUAAAAAAUAAAAAAAGGCAUCUUAAAAAGUCCUAAUUGAAAAUUAAAGGAAAUGUAAUACAAAAAUUGAAUAUGUGUGUUUCUUGUGUACCUACAAGUGUUAAUAAUAAAAGUUAAAGGAAAAGGAAUUUUUAUAUUGUAUGCUAGACUAGAACCCUA